AGCUCAUGCUGCCACCACAAACAGCUCGUGUCGCAAGCACGUCUGCUCUACGCUUGCAGACUCGCAGCUAUGCUAUCUCGGUCAAGCCGCCCGUAGUCUACCCUGGCAAGCCAGAACCCAGGAUCUAUGGAACGAAGAAGACUUUCCUCUACAACCACUACACCCGAAUCCUUCAGUCCUCUUCCAAUUCGCCGCUCAUCUUCCUAGAGCACAAGGAUUUCUCCGUGCCUCGCCUAAUUCAAUUGCGGAAGGAGAUUCAAAAUGCUUCUGCACGCGCUGCAAAAGCAAGAUCAUCGGUGGGCAUGUCGCCUACACCCGUCUCACCUGAAGCCGCAGAGCCGCCCAACUUAAAAGUUAUGCGCACCUCUAUCUUCGGCGUCGCUCUGCGGGACUAUGCGCCCUUGGACAAAGAUGCUGUUUCCGAAAUCGCGAAUAUGGUGCAUGGAGGAUUUGCAAUUCUCAGCCUGCCAACAUUGAACCCUCCCCAACUCAACGCUAUCCUGCGAGCCCUCGACCGAGCUGUGCCUCCGAAGAAGCCGCCAACACCGGAGCAGCUCGCACAGGCCAAGGCUGAAGCCGAUGCAGACCCUGUGACGCCUGGGCGACGACCGAAGCGUCAGAGGCCUAUCAAGACCCCCGAGCUGAAGCUCGUCGGAGCGCUGAUCGAGGGACGUGUGUUCACUCCCCCUGCAGUGCAGGAUGUGUCGAAGCUGCCCACGUUAGACACCCUGAGGGCCCAGAUUGUCGGUCUGCUUAGCACGCCGGCCAUGCAGCUUGCGGCAGUUCUGAGCGAGGCGAGUGGAGGCAAACUGGCGAGGACGCUGGAAGGCUUCAAGAAGAGCUUGGAGGAAGGACAAUCGGCGGAGUCCAGUCCUCCGUCUUGAUGACGCUCCCUCUUGCAGUCUGGCUUACAUGAGAUGUUGGUGUGUAGUUUAGUAGAGUGGCAUCGUAUGCUACUGGUGCUGAAUCUGAUGCGUCGUUCCACGGAUAAUAUGGUCAAGCACAGUAAUAUAAUAGCACUGUCCUAGAGUUCUAUUCAGGCAUAGAACCUCUCAUAAAGGCCGCAAUCCAAGAC